CUCUAAAUUCCCAAAUUGAUUUUUUUUCAAACACUUCAGAUCUGAGUUCAAAAUUGGAGAACCAUGGAACGACAAGGAAGCAUAAAUCGCCGAAAGAAUCGUUUGUACUCAAACAGUGUUACAUCUUCUUCAACUCGACCUAGGGGACAAAAAUGUGGUUGUGGUAUUCGAACCAUUUUGAUGACAGCUACAAGAGGGAAACAUAUAGGAAGACAGUUCUGGAGAUGUCCAUAUUGGAUGAUGAAGGAUACUUGCAACAUGUUUAUCUGGGCUGAUGAAGUAGAAGAGAUUGAUGACACUGAUGAGAUUGAGGAUGUUGAUGAUGCUGGAGGUAAAGAUGUAAGUGUCAUUGCUUUAGGAAUUGCUGAGGAAGCUAGGAGGAAGAAUGUAAAGCUUUACACGAGGUUUAACCAAGAAAGGCUGAAAGGAAAAGUUACCUUGACACUGCUAAUUGUGUCAUUGAUUAUCAAUCUUGUCCUUGUUAUGAAGUUAAUGUUCUAAGAUUUUAGGUGUUUGUAAUGAAGAUAAGGUUCUAGACUUUUAGGCACUGCUGAUGUAUAAAAUGAUGUAUCAGUGGUUUAUUAGUAAGAAGUAAUGUUAUGGUAUGAAAAUCUUGUAAUAUUGGUGAGAACAGUAAUGUUAUGGUAUCAAUUUAUCUUGUCAAAACUUGGUAUCGAAAGUGACAUGUUAUG